AUGGCUGGUAUUCUCAAGAAACCAUUCAAACUAGCGCUGAUACAACUAGCAUCAGGUGGUGACAAAGCCGCCAAUCUAGCCCAUGCAAGGUCCAAAGUUAUCGAAGCAGCAAAAGCUGGCGCCUCCAUGAUAGUUCUUCCCGAAUGCUUCAAUUCUCCGUAUGGCUGCCAAUAUUUCCCCAAAUACGCCGAGACCGUUCUCCCGUCACCCCCUUCCAAAGAGAGAUCACCUUCAUGGCAUAUGCUAUCCUCGGUCGCGGCAGAGACAAAGACAUACCUCGUUGGUGGAAGCAUACCGGAAUUCGUACCAGAGACGAAAGAAUACUUCAACACCUCAUUGGUCUUUGGCCCCACGGGCAAGCUUCUGGCAACACAUCGCAAGGUACACUUGUUCGAUAUUGACAUACCUGGGAAAAUCAAGUUCAAAGAAAGUGAUGUUCUAUCUCCGGGAAACAAGGUGACCAUAAUCGAUCUUCCAGAGUAUGGUAAGAUUGGCCUCGCCAUAUGUUACGACGUUCGCUUCCCGGAACUUGCCACGAUUGCGGCGAGAAAAGAUGCUUUCAUGUUUAUCUAUCCAGGAGCAUUCAACACCACAACCGGUCCGAUGCAUUGGUCUUUGCAAGCUCGAGCUAGGGCGAUGGACAAUCAGUUUUACGUAGCUAUGUGCAGUCCUGCCCGGGAUCUGGAGGCAUCGUACCACGCUUAUGGACAUUCCAUGAUUGUGGAUCCAAUCGCGGAAGUUCUGGCCGAGGCAGAGGAGCAUGAAGAUAUUGUCUAUGCCGAAAUCAACGGCGCGAAGAUUGAAGAGACCAGGAAAAACAUUCCCAUCUAUACACAGAGGAGGUUUGAUGUUUACCCCGACGUUAGCGCUGGAAAAGUGCGCUACGAGGAUGACAGUAAUGGAAGUCAGGCAUAG